AUGGCCUUCAGAUAUGGAGGAUCUGUGACUUCAAGCAGUUUGGCUGAUGAGGCAAAUGUGACUGGACCUAUUCUAUGCAGUUCAAUGGCUCUGAGGGCAAUCAUACCGAGUAGCUUCUCACCCUGUUGCCACUUACCAGUUUACCGCGGCUGGUUAGUCGUCCAAUUUUGCGGUCGAACAAAGAGGAAAACGGAACUUAAAGUUGCUUGUUGGAAUGUAAGGACUCUUAUUGACUCUAAUGAUCGGAUUCAGCGCAAAACGGCAAUUCUCUCUCACGAGCUAAAGCGUUAUAGGAUUGACAUCGCUGCCCUUAGUGAAACUCACCUUGCGGACAACGGAGAGUUACGUGAAGUAGGUGGUGGAUUCACAAUCUUUUGGAAAGGUCGACCCGCUAGUGAGAAGAGGCAGUCUGGUGUUGGUCUUGCCAUUAGGACAUCUCUUGUUAAUCGUCUCGAUACUCUUCCAAAGGGCAUCACCGAUCGCCUUAUGACUGUUCGUGUUCUUCUGACUUCACACAAUUACCUAACUAUCAUCAGUGCCUAUGCUCCAACUAUGUGUGAUACAAUCGAGGCCAAAGAAAAGUUUUAUGAUGAUCUGAAUAAUGUGAUAAAGUCUGUGUCACCAAAAGACAAAUUACUGCUUUUAGGAGAUUUCAAUGCUCGUGUUGGAUCUGACCAUGAAGCCUGGGCUGGCAUUCUUGGCCACCAUGGCAUCGGAACCGAAAACAGUAAUGGCACCCUUCUUCUGACCCAUUGUGCAUCUCAUGAUUUAACAAUAACAAACACAUUGUUUCAACAACAAGAUAAAUACAAGACAACAUGGAUGCACCCGCGGUCGUCUCGUUGGCAUAUGAUUGACUUUGCUAUUGUUCGUCGGGCAGACGUAAAAUAUGUCAAACACACAAGAGUAAUGCGUGGUGCAUCUGCUACUGAUCUAUCUGAUCAUAGAAUGGUGCGGAUCAAUCUCUUGUAUACUAUCAAGGCUCCUGCACGCCAUCAAUCCAAGAGUAAACAACAGAAGUUGAAUGUGGAUAGUCUACGAACACUUGGCGCCAGAGAGAAUCUCUGUGAGAAAAUUUUUGAAACUUUAGGGAGUGUGCCUGCUUGUACAUCUGCGUGUGAUAUUGAUUCACAGUGGUCAUGCUUACGUGAUUCUGUUUAUGAUGCAUCAAAACAGGUUCUUGGCAUCCAAGGAAAGAAACAUCAAGACUGGUUUGACGACAAUGACAUUGAUAUUUGUAAUCUCCUUGACAGAUUACAUCAUAAGCAUCGGGCGUGGUUGGCUGACAGGAACGAUUAUAGAAAAGCCAAUGCUUAUAGAUCCAGCAAGAGAUUAGUUCGAUCACGACUUGGUGCUAUGAGGGAUGCAUGGUGGGAUGAGAAAGCAAAAGAGCUUCAGCUAGCCAGUGACCGACAUGACAUGAGGACAUUGUAUACUGGCCUGAGACAAAUCUUUGGUCCAGAAUUCAGUGGAAGUACACCACUUCGCACUGCUGAUGAAUCCUCAAUGUUGCAUGGUAAAGAAGACAUCCUGGAUCGUUGGGUAGAGCAUUUUCAUCUGUUCUCAAUCGGCCUUCUCGUAUCUGUGAGGAAGCCAUUGAAGCAAUCCCACAGAUGCCCCUUAUCUCACAAAUGUCUGACCCUCCUUCUAUACUUGAAAUUGGCAAUGUAA